AUGGCGAACCGCAUGUCGGUUUACUCUACUGCGUCCUCCGCUCUAGGACCUCGCCCCGCUGCGCAGCAAGCACAGCAAGUCUCCACGACAACUCUGCUUAAUGCCCUUCAUUCGUUUUUCCUUUCCGGACAACCGUACCAACUCGAUGCUGCCACAAGUAUAGUGGUAAACACUGCUCUCACCGCAACGACACCGGGCCCCAAUGGUGAACUAGGCGGCACGAUUGAUGCUGAUUUGGCAAGAAGAGCGUGGGAACAUGCUCGUCGGAGAGCCGAAGAUGGCUGCGUUGUGCUCUGUUCGCCGCAUCAAAAUACACCCUCUCUUCUUCCAUCGUUUCUAGCAUCAUUGCCUUUAUCUACUCCAGAUAUCGCCUACACAGCCUUGGCCGCAAUUCGGCCGUUCGUCUCCCAAGUCACCCCAUUUAACCCGGCUCGCUUCCAGUAUUCAUCUUUUGCCGCAACGUAUACAUUUUCUUUGACUGGAAGAGUCACCAAUCUUACCCUAGCCCUGUCAACAUCUGGCGUCGACAUCUCCAAUGGACUUACGAGAAUUCCCGCUGAAGCAGGCUAUCGUGCCUUUGACGUCUUUUACUAUCUCCUCUCGUCUGCGUCCACCCCAACAGAAAAAGAAUUCCUUAGUCUUAAGGCCCCUGAGGCAUAUGCACUACUCAACAGAUCUAAGACGUACAUUCCACCAUCCUACCUGCCCACAGCUGACGAUGGUGCCGCCGCGGAGGAUUUUCGAGCGAAUCUCAAAGCUAUUGGCAUCAAAGGAGCAGCUCAUCGCAGUCUUCUCUCGGUGCUGGCUGCUUUACUCAAGCUUGGUGAGACCUCGGAAUUUCUAGUCGAUCAAGAUGAACUAGAGGACCUCUGUGAGGACAUCGGUGGGCUUCUCAAUCUGGACCCAAUUGUCCUUCUGAAACACUGCUCAACGGAAGACCGGCAGUCAUUAGUUGCAGGUUUGUAUGAAGCUCUUUUAGAUUGGGUCAUCGGCAAAGCGAAUGAUGCCAUCCGCGUUGAACUUCAUGGCUCUCAUGACAAUGGCUCAAGCGACGGUAUGCCCAGCACUAGAACCCCAUUGACCGACGAAGAGAAUGGAGACACAGUCAGCAUCAGCGUCGUUGAGAUUCCGGGGGAGAAAUUGGGCAAAGCCGUCGCCCUCAAAGGUGUAUUUGAUGAUUCAUCCGGUAUCAAUGCCGAAAUGAAAGACGAUGGAAUCAAUAUGGUUAAUCCCGGCCACUCUGUCAUCAAAGAAAUGGAAAAUGCCGUGGCUGAAGUGGAAGCUGAUCUGGGUAUGUCAGCUGGUGCUGCUGGCCGCGAUAGAGAACGCGAACGAGAUAGAAUACAGGGCGUGCUCGAGAAGGUUGGAGUUGAACUAGAACCCGGAGCGUUCCUGAGACAAGUGCUGUAUCCUACCGACGGAGGAGAUUUAAAUUUUGGUCAAAAAGGCCGUUUUGACCUGAAUGCUACGCUUGGUAGCAGCAGGGUAUGGUACCAUCUUUCACUACACCCUGUCGACGACGGACCAGCCCAUAUAUCGUCUUUACCGUCGAUUACUUCGGCCUGGUCCGCCGGAACAGUUUCACGUCAACUUCGUUCAUGGAGACUCGCAGAAUGGGCAAAUCGCCGUAACAAGAACCUUGAUUUCACGGCAGACUUUGACGUGGAAGAAUUUGUCGGACGGUAUUCCCCUCUUGGCUGUCAAGAUGGGAAAGACGGAGUUGAGAAUUGGAUUAUCGAGCGAGGAUGGAGUAACGGGGAUGUUGUCGUUGCGAGGGAGCGAAUUUGGAUGCGCGAAGCGGCUUGGUGGGAAGCAGAAUCAAUGCUUGACUUGAAACCCCAAAUGGCCCCUGUAAAUCCAUUCAGCACGCCUGUCGUUACCCCUUUCGAAGGAACCUACGGCGGCCCAUCACAAGCAGCCGGCAGCGGCUUUUUCCCUGGCGAUAACAUGAGCACGAUUGGCAGCCGAGAGAAUCUCGUGAAUCGGCAAUCAAUGGGACCUAGAGCUCCCAGUGCUCUCGGAGGUGCUCGAUCUAUUGCCCCUACUACCAUGUCUCAGCCGGUCCAGGUUAUGACAGGCGAUUACGGUCUUGGCCCCAAGGGUGACGACCGACAACAUGAAAAUGUUUAUUACGAUCAAGAAACUGGCAGGUGGACUGCCAUCGACCCCGAGUUUGGAGACCCGAAAAAGAUCGAGCAGAAGAAAAUACCAGCUAGCCGUCGCAUUUGGGCCGGUUUCACUUGGGCGCUCACAUUCUGGAUUCCGUCGUUCGUUCUUCGCUAUGUGGGUCGAAUGAGGCGCCCUGACGUCCGGAUGGCAUGGCGAGAAAAGGUGACCCUUAUGUUCCUAAUUUUCUUGCUCAAUGCCACCGUUGUCUUCUAUAUCGUUUUCUUCGGCAACAUACUUUGUCCCAAUAAAGAUAAGGUCUGGACGGAUAACCAAGUCGCUUAUCACCAAGGUGAAAACGAUCUAUACGUCAGUAUUCAUGGAAAAGUCUACGAUAUAUCCAAGUUCGCAAAGGCCCCUCAUACCAGUCGCCGAUACCCAACUAACAAGGAGGACAUGCUAAGACUCGGUGGGCUUAACAUGGACGCUUAUUUCCCUGUUCCGCUUACCCUGGCCUGUCGGGGGUUCGAUAUUGGGGUAGGCGUUUCCCUAAUGAACAACAUCACGGUAGAACACCAGGAUGCGAUCCAUAGGUCUGGUCCUCGGUUCGACCCCGACCCUACGAGUAAGAAAAAUAAAAUCGAUUGGUACGCCACGACGUUUUUGCCCCGGAUGAAAGAGUAUUACAAAGGAGACCUGGUACACUCGAAAAAAUCCCUGCCCAAAGAAGCUGAAGAGCGCUCUAGGAAGUGGGCAAUCAUCCGCGGCAAAAUAUACGAUCUAACGGAUUACUUUUAUACUAUUGAAUUUCAAGAUGGUUCAAAAGCAUACGACUUUUUGCCUAGUGCCGUGACAGAGUUGUUCAAACAGAACGCAGGAACAGACAUUACAGAGCAUUGGCAAGACACUGUUGAUUUCGCUAACAGUUUGAACUGUUUGAAUAAUCAAUUCUAUGUCGGCAAACUAGAUUUCCGAGAGGAUGCUCAAUGCCAGGUCAACAGCUACAUUCUCCUCGCGUUCACUAUCAUUCUAUGUUCCGUGAUCCUCAUUAAAUUUUUGGCGGCUCUCCAGCUGGGAACAAAACGACGGCCAUCACCUCAGGAUAAGUUUGUUAUCUGUCUUGUCCCAGCUUAUACGGAAGGAGAGGACCAACUUCGGAAGGGUCUUGAUUCUCUUACGGCCCUGCAGUAUGACAACAAGCGAAAACUCAUUUGUGUUGUCUGUGAUGGUAUGAUUGUUGGUGGAGGCAACGACAGACCUACCCCGAAAAUAGUCCUGGACAUCUUGGGCGUCGAUCCAAAAAUUGAUCCGCCUGCUCUUCCCUUCAAAUCUGUUGGCGUGGGAAGCGAACAGCUGAACUAUGGAAAGGUAUACUCCGGCCUCUAUGAGUAUGAAGGCAAUGUCGUUCCCUAUAUCGUUAUCGUCAAAGUUGGGAAGCAAUCUGAGCAGACCAAGUCUAAGCCCGGAAACCGGGGCAAACGCGAUUCGCAGGUCAUGCUUCUUAAUUUCUUGAAUCGUGUCCAUCACCGGUCGAUGAUGUCUCCACUAGAACUGGAAAUGUUCCAUCAAGUGAACAACGUGAUCGGAGUUGAUCCUGAACUUUACGAAUACGUGCUCAUGGUCGAUGCCGAUACAAGUGUCAGGGAGGAUUCACUAAAUCGCCUUGUGGCAAGUUGUGCCAAUGACGCCAAAAUUGCUGGUAUCUGCGGUGAGACUAGCUUGCAAAACGAGGAACGUUCCUGGUGGACUAUGAUUCAGGUGUACGAAUAUUACAUUUCACAUCAUUUAGCCAAGUCUUUUGAAUCGCUCUUUGGAAGCGUGACAUGUCUUCCGGGAUGUUUUUGCAUGUAUCGACUCCGGACGGCUGAUAAAGGUCGACCGUUGAUCAUAUCAGACAAAGUCAUCUCCGAGUAUGCUGAUGGCGAUGUUGACACGCUCCACAAGAAGAACCUUUUGUCUCUUGGAGAGGAUCGAUACCUUACGACUUUGAUGACUAGACAUUUCCCCAACAUGUCUUACAAGUUCAUUCCAGAUGCAUAUGCCAGCACAGCUGCACCCGAGACAUGGAGCGUUUUGCUUUCACAGAGACGUCGUUGGAUCAACUCCACCAUCCACAACUUGGCAGAACUGAUGUUCCUUAAGGACUUGUGCGGGUUUUGCUGUUUCAGCAUGCGCUUCGUUGUCUUCAUUGAUUUAUUCGGUACAAUCAUUCUCCCAGCGACCACGGUUUAUUUGGGCUAUCUUAUCUACCUUGUGGCUAGCAAGACGGGCCAAUUUCCUGUGAUCUCCAUUGCCAUCCUCGCGGCUGUUUACGGUUUGCAAGCCAUCAUUUUCAUCAUCAAACGCCAGUGGCAGCACAUUGGAUGGAUGAUUAUCUACAUUAUGGCAUACCCGAUUUACAGUUUCAUUCUUCCUAUCUAUUCGUUCUGGAAUCAAGACAAUUUCUCUUGGGGUAAUACUCGAAUUGUCAUUGGCGAGAAGGGCGAUAAGCGUGUUUUUGCCGUUGACGAUGAAGGCUUUGAUCCUCGAAGCAUUCCUCUUCAGCGCUGGGACGAUUACGCUCUCAUGAAUAAUCUUCCUGGCCGCCGAGGUAAUGCAGCUCAAGAGAAGCCUCACCAACAGUAUUAUGAUGAUGGUUUGGAAAUGGAUGACAUGCAUUCCAUGUAUUCCUCCGUCAAGCCGGCAUCUACCAUUCUUACUGGAUUCCCGAAUCAAGGACCGCACCAGACGCCCUAUAUCGUGCCACAAUCGACGACUUCCUUGGCUGUCCCGGGCAACAGGAACUCUCACAUGACGCAAUUCACUCAAUAUACCGACAACCCUCAGGCUCGCAACUCCCGCCAUAUGUCCAUCGGAAAUUUGAGCCACUACCAAGAUAAUCCUAAUCGACUAAGCGCAGCCGGAAUGAUUGGCCCAGACGGUCAUUUGGGGGUUUCCCAACGACAGAGUAUGCGUAGCCCGUUGUCACGACCAGCUAGCACAAUGGUAGAUUUCAGAAACCCACCAAACCAAGGGCCGGACGAGACAGCAAUCACAGCUGCUAUUCGGUCUUGUCUUGCUGAGGUAGAUCUGGAUAGUGUUACUAAAAAACAGGUCCGCGCCCUUGUCGAGCAAAGAUUACAAACAACGCUAUCCGGCGAUAAGAAAAUAUUCCUUGACCGCCAAAUUGAUCAUGAACUCGCGAAUAUGUAA